GGAAGGAAACCCCGGCCGAGUCCAAAAAGGUCAGAAGUCUCAGAAGUUGACCGCAACGGCGCUGUUCCCACGCGUGCCCCUGUGGAGCCUGUGGGUCGCCAGUUGACAGAGCUUUGGACGUCAGAAAAAGCCCCGGGUAUACCUUGCAAGGAACACCCUCCUUCUCUUCAGAGGUCUAUCGUAACGAUGCUGGACCGCUUUGUGCGGCGUCUGUCGCAUAUCGACGCAUUUCCCAAAGUCCAGCGCAACAUUCAGCAACCAACAGGCUCCGGCGGCCUGGCGACAUUACUGGUCGGAGUACUGCUAGCAUAUUUGACGCUCUCGGAGUUUGCCCAGUACAGGGCAGUCACACAGGACUACGAGUUUUUGGUGGACCAGACGAGGAGUAAUGGUAAAGCGGACCUUGGGCUGCAGAUCAACUUGGACUUGACGAUUGCUACCCCUUGUCAACAGUUAAGAGCAGAUGUGUUGGACUAUUCCGGAACGACGCUAGGUGUGUCACAUCAACUGGAAUCGAAGGAGGUUGUGUUCUCCACAAAAGGCACGCGGUUGUUUCGGGACGUCAGUGGCAAAGAUAAAGGCGUCAAUGUCCAUAAGAUUGUUGGACAGGCGAAGAAAGCAGAGAAAGAGGACGCAUCGGCACAUCCCAAUGAUGGGGCUGCGUGUAGAGUCACCGGCGCCUUGAAACUGGCGAAAGUGUCAGGGAUGCUCCAUUUCACAGCGCUUGGACACGGAUAUGCGGGCGGGCAUACCCCACACGAAGUGAUGAACUUCACGCAUCGAAUCGACAAGCUGUCUUUCGGUGCCUACUACCCCGGCCUCCACAACCCACUAGACCGGACACUCGAGCUCGCAAAGACACCACUGGACAUGUUCCAAUACUUCAUUGCCGUGGUGCCUACCAUCUACCUCGAUAAUCGACGUACCUUCGGCAGUAAGGUGCUGUUGACGAAUCAGUAUGCCGUGACGGAUUACCAGAGAUCGCUCGAGGGCCAGGCUGUCGGCGGUGUCCCAGGCAUUUUCAUCAAGUACGACAUAGAACCUAUAAUGGUGCGGAUAACUGAGUCACAUCAGGGCUUCCUUAACUUCUUGACUCGAUUAUGUGGGAUAAUAGGAGGCAUAUUCGUUACCAUCGGAAUUCUGCUGGACGUUAUACGGUGGAUGAUGAAAUGGUUUUGAUGUUCAUAGCGGCUGUCUCCAUUUGCGAUCACGACUCGUCGCAGAUUCUCAUCCGUCGGUAGGCUCUCACGCCGUCGGUCUCCGCCUUGACAUCCGUCACUGUCGACACUCUCAGAUCCUACGGAACACUGUCCGCGCG